AUGUGGCUUCCAAGUACAAAGGCAUCAGUAAUUAGAAAGGGGGGAGGGGGGAAUGGAUUGGUGGCAGUUGCAAUAGAUAAGGAUAGCAAAGGCAGUCGAUAUGCUCUCAAAUGGGCUGCCGAUAGCCUUCUAGCCAGAGGCCAAACUGUUGUCCUUAUCCACGUUUUGCACAAGACUUCUUCCCCUCUUUCUAGUCAGUACUCCCAUCCCCUCCCUCAUUCAUCAUCAUGCAUGCACACAAGCAGCCAUGCCAUAAUAUGCAACAGCAAUAUUCCAUCUUCAUCUCCUCAAAGAGACCAUGUCAUCAAUAUUACUAAGGAUCUUUUCCGUACCUUCCACUGCUAUUGCACACGUAAAGAUAUACAAUGCCUUGAUGUGCUAGUUGAAGACACUGACGUUGUGAAAGGAAUAACAGAAUAUGUGUCUUACGCGGCAAUUGAGAACCUAGUGCUUGGUGCAGCGUCAAGGCAUGGCUUUAUUAGAUUCAAGUCAUCAAGUACACCAAGCAACAUAUCAAAAGGGGCGCCCGAUUUCUGUACGGUGUAUAUAAUAUCAAAAGGGAAGAUAUCUUCAGUGAGGAGUGCUUCUCGUUCAGCAGCGCAUGCGUCUCCCCUCCUUAGCCAUAUACAGGCCCUAAAUAAUGACGAUAGUGCAAGUGAAACAAGUAGUCAGUUAUCGUCAAGGCGUAUGAGCUUCAAGGAUCAUAGAAGAUCCAUGAAACCUCACAGCUGGCAGGACGAACCCGCAAGGUCAUCACAAAUUGGAAAAACAUUGGGAACGGGGGCGGGGGGGUUGAGUGUAAGGUCGUCCUGCAUGGAGCUGUUAGGCCCAGACUCCGAUACCGACAUAUCAUUUGUGAGCUCCGGGAGGCCAAGUAGCAGUGGGCGUUCCUCCUCUGUCUUGUAUGACUGCAUGGACUCUUCCUCUGCUCGUAAUUCACGAGUCUCCACCAGCUCUGAUCGUAGCUUGGGAUCACUGCGCUGUAGCCUCGCUCUCCCCACUUCCCCCGGCCCCGAUAUUUCUCUUUCUUUCUCUCAGGAAAGCAUUGGAACCUCCUCUUUUUCUCAUUCCUCUCAGAACAUGGAUGAUGUAGAAUCUGACAUGAAGAGGCUCAAGCUUGAAUUAAAACAAACCAUGGAAAUGUAUAGUACAGCGUGCCGAGAAGCACUCACUGCGCAACACAAAUUAAUGGAGCUUAACUCCUGGAGAGUUGAAGAGGAAAAGAAAUUAGACGAGGCACGAUUGGCCCAGGAAGUAGCAUUGGCAAUCGCAGAGAAAGAGAAAGCAAGGAGCAAAGCAGCCCUGGAAACUGCAGAGGCAGCCAAAAGAAUCGCGGAGGCUGAAGCAAACAGAAGAGCACAUGCCGAAAUGAAAGCCCUUAAAGAAGCAGAGGAAAUGAGGAAGCUAUUGGAUAAUCUAGCUCAAACGGAUGAAAGAUACAGGAAAUACACAAUAGAAGAGAUUGAAGCAGCCACAGAUUCCUUUUCUGAAUCUCGAAAAAUCGGGGAAGGUGGUUAUGGCCCUGUCUAUAAAUGUUACCUUGACCACACUCCUGUGGCUGUCAAGGUUCUACGCCAAGAUUCUGCUCAGGGGAAAUCGCAGUUUCAGCAAGAGAUUGACAUACUCAGCUGCAUACGGCAUCCGAAUAUGGUGCUUCUUGUAGGCGCAUGUCCAGAGCACGGCAUACUGAUCUAUGAAUACAUGGCGAAUGGGAGCUUAGAAGAUUGCAUGAUUCAGAAGAAGGGCAUUGUUCUAUCUUGGCAGCUGAGAUUUCGGAUUGCGGCAGACAUAGCCACUGGCUUACUAUUCCUCCACCAGACCAAGCCUGAACCACUGGUACACCGUGAUCUAAAGCCAGGAAACAUUUUAUUAGACCACAACUUCGUAAGCAAGAUCGGCGACGUUGGGUUGGCGAGGCUUCUCCCUGCCGUGGCAGAAAAUGUGACGCAGUGCUGCAUGACGUCAGCAGCGGGAACAUUUUGCUACAUUGAUCCAGAGUAUCAGCAGACCGGAAUGCUUGGAGUGAAGUCUGACGUGUACUCUUUAGGGAUCAUUCUUCUUCAGUUGUUGACAGGAAGGGCUCCAAUGGGGCUUGCUCACCAAGUUGAGAAGUCCAUUGAGAAGGAGGCACUGGGUGAGAUACUUGACCCCUCUGUCCCCGACUGGCCUCUUGAAGAAGCCCUAUGCCUUGCCAAUCUCGCACUCAGCUGUGCAGAGCUCAGACGAAAAGAUAGGCCAGACCUUGGUCAACACGUACUGCCACAGCUCAAAAAAUUUAGAGACUUUGCUGAAGGGAAUUCCAGCCCAACUUUCUCUUGUAGUAACAUUAGUUGUGCAACAUCUCCACAUCUCAGUCAAGCUUCGUCUACGCCACAGGUCAUCAUCAUCAUAUUCAUCUUAGCCUAA